AUGACGCGAACUAGCACUCAGCAAACCCGAGUAGAACAAGAGACUAGAGAACUCGAAGAUGAAGAGCUCUCCAUUCCCAUCUACUCACCUCAACCCUUCCGUCCUCUAGGUCGCCGCGACUCUGGUCUGUGGCCCGACCUUGGACAACAGAACAACUGGAUCGACGAAAGCCGACGACGUAGCGCAGUGUUGACCACGAGAUUCCAGCGGUUGAUGGAAUCACCGCCGGCCUCGACCUUGGUUCAGCGCGCGCGAGGUGCCCUGACAACCUCUCGUCUUGGCAGAUUGACCUCUCGCCGUCUGACUUUCUCGCAAGAUGAUUCCGACGCAGCUCUCGUCGCAGGUGGAGGUGGUAGUCGCGGCACUGCCGGUGCGACCACGACCUCUACUUCUCGCAAGAAAUCCAAGUCGAAAUCAAAACCCAAGCCUGACUCUGAACCCACGGAUCCUCCCGAUGACGACGAUAACGGCACUCCACCUGAUCCAGAGAAUCAACUUGGAAAGCCAGGACCCGGUGGCCCCGGUGGUCCAGGUGGAGGUGGUAAUGAUGAUGACACCAAUGAUGACGAUGACGAUGAUGAUAAUGGCAAUGAUGAUGGAGAGGAAGAAGAGGAAGUACAAGACCCUAAUGGUGAAGUCCUCCACCACCUCCAGGUGGAUGGCCGUACCCUCACCGUUGUACUGCAAGAUCCAAGUGGACCUCAUCAAGCUCGCCUAUGGGAUAAGGAGAAGUGCCAUACUCUCCGCGAUGAUGCUAGACAGACCUUUUCCAGAAUCUAA